AAUUUAUAAUAUAGUAUAACGCGCGUGGUGCCAGCCAUUGGCGGCUGUAAAUUGAUUUUAUUAAACAUUUAAAUAUAAUAUAAAAUCAAUCAUAUCAAAUGCUGUAGUUUUAAAAUCAGAAUUUUAUUUUUCAUCUACUGUUAACCUCAGAAAUAAAAUAAAAAUAAAAAUGAACUCUUGAAGACAGAGCGAAGAACAAACACCCACAAAACACAAAUAAUAAUAAUAAUAAUAAUAAUAAUAAUAAUAAUAAUAAUAAUAAUAAUAUUAAUAAUAAUAGAUAUACGUACAUAUAUACGAACGCACGCACGCGCGCACACACAUAUACAAACAAAAAGAGGAUAAUUUUCGUAUCCCAGGUCUUUAGCAAUGAAUCUCACCGAGCAUGGAAUAUUGGACGACAAUGAUGCUGAGUUUAUCGACAGGGACCUAGGCAGUAAUAUUGUCUAUAACAAAACUAGUAACUACACAGUGAAACGCAUGCAUCAUGCUAGUUUCCAAAAAGAAAUCCUUAUCCCUCCAUAUAUAGCUAUUUUUCUUCUAGCUGUUGUCGGGAAUUUACUUGUUAUAUUGACUCUUGUGCAAAACAAACGCAUGCGUACUGUCACCAAUGUUUUUCUAUUGAACUUGUCAAUCAGUGAUCUACUUUUGGCAGUCUUUUGUAUGCCAUUUACGCUGAUACCAGUAUUAUUGCGGAACUUUAUCUUUGGAGCUACAAUGUGUGUACUUAUACGCUACCUGCAAGGUGUUUCCGUAGCUGUCAGCUGUUUUACAUUGGUUGCAAUGUCUCUAGAACGAUACUUCGGUAUUUGUCAACCGCUACACUCUAGACGAUGGCAGACUCUAUCCAGAGCUUACAAAAUCAUCACUGGUUGUUGGUUUUUAGCUGCUAUGGUUGUCAUUCCGAUUGCCAUAGUCACGCGAAUGAAAUCGUUCGACAAAGGCAAGACACAUGUCUGCCGGGAGUUUUGGACUUCGAAGAUUGCAGAGAAAUGUUACACUAUUUUUUUAGACAUGGCUUUUCUGCUGAUUCCUGUUAUAAUCAUGUCAGGAUCAUACGGAUCCAUUAUGUGGACGCUGUGGAUGGGAAUAAAAAUGGAUAAAAAGAUGCAAGAUGGAGAAAACCAACGAAAUCAACCUGGUAACUCCAUGCGCAUGUGCGUGUUUGAAGGAAGCCCUUCAAGAAACUCUGAAAACCGGCCCAUCGUCACACCCAAGCGUCGACGCUAUGACCUCCAGUCGGGUGUACGUCAAUCGAACUUGGACAGGAACGUGGCGGCUAAAAAGAGAGUCAUUAAAAUGCUUGGUGUUGUAGUAUUGGAGUUUUUUGUCUGCUGGACUCCAUUGUUCUUUGCACAAACCUGGCUGGCUUUUGACGCCCGUACUGCCCAUUCGCACAUCUCACCCGUUGGUUUAGCUUUCAUACAUCUUCUGUCGUACGUGUCAUCCUGCUGUAACCCAAUCACUUACUGCUUUAUGAACCGGAAAUUCCGUGAGUCUUUCUUGGGAGCUUUCUGCUGCCGACGUAGACGAAGCCAGACACCUGACAUCGCUCAGUCAACAUCACAGAUAAGACAGGGAGAAAGUAUAGCCACUGUGAACGCCUCCCUCAACUCAAUCCGAAUCCAGUUUGAACCACCAUUGAAGCAUCUUCAGGAAAUGAAACCGAACUUUAGUAACAUAACAGAAUCAGAUGACACGUCCGACUCAUAGCUAUGUUAUGUUGUUUAUAUUGUUAUUGUUAUUGUUGUAGUUGUUGUUGCUAUCAACAUAAACAUUGUUGGCGUAAUUGUUGUUGCUGUCGUCUGCGAUGGUACACCUGGGCAGCGGAUUCUGAAGAUGUCUGAAGAUAAAAGAAAAAAGAAGUUUGAGCGAAAAACACAGAAAUAUUGACUAAGUCAGUGAAUGAAUUAUUAACGAGUAAGUGUGUGAGUAAAACCUGUGUGUGACAUUAUUGUUAUUGAUGAAUUAUAAAUGUUAUGUAAAUAUAUGUCAUGACGAAGGUGACAGAACUGCAAAUGAUAAUUUCUCAUACUCAAGUUUUUGUUUUGAUUUGUUUUGUUUUUGUUUUUUUAUCACUAAUUCGGAUGUUUUCAUAUUGUGGUGAGGCCAUCUAAGCAAACACCAAACAGACUUUGUAAACGGGAAGUACUCUAACCCUCGAUCGUUAAUUAUUCUUUAGGAAGCAUUAAAAUGCCCCAUUCACAGCAAAAUACAGCUGUCAACUCUAAGGAAUUUCAUCAUACAGUCAAUGAAAAAUUUCGAAGAUCAAACAAAUCCAGAAUGGAAAAAAAAAAAAGAGAACUCUCUCUUGCAAACGUUCUCCCUUUUACAUUCAAUGUUGUUUAGUGUCUUCCUUCUGCUUAUAAUAGCUUCAUUGCAACUGUCUCUCGUCUUCACGGUUCACUACAACAACAUUUAAUUGAAUCACAGAAAACGGUAUUCGUUACUUCCACUUACUGCCACCUUCAGUCUCUCUCUUUCUCUCUCUCUCUCUCUCUCUCUCUCUCUCUCUUCCCUCUUUCUUCUACCUUUCCCUUUUUAUAUGUGUAUUUAUGCAUAUGUAUGUAUUUGUGUAUAUGUGUGCGUGCGCGCGCGCAUGUGUGAGCAAGCCGCGUCUAACACUAUAAUAAUAACUGUAUAGGAAGCCCUAAAUCUAGACUAAUUAUACCCACAAAAAGCAAAUUAGGAGUAGUCGACAAUACAUUAUAUUCCGUAAAUGCAUUGAAAAUAAAACCAACUAUAAAUAUGUCAAGUUCGAUUUUGUUGAGUUCAGCACAUUUAUAUCUAGAAGUCUUUUUCAACAAGUUCUGAGACGAGUUCUUCGUUGAAUCUAUGGAUAACUCUGACAGUGCAGAGAUAACGGAUGACGGGAACUUAAUUUUAACUAGUGAUGAGAAAUGAAGUAAAAGACGUCAGUAUAGGAUUAUAUAUCGACGAAGGAUUCGCCGUGUCCCCCGACAUAAGUGACACUUUGAAUUUUUUUCGUUUUGUAUUCAAAUCCAAUCCAAAAUUUACAGUAUAUACUAAACAAAAAAGAGCUAAUUUCCUAAGCGUAAAUGUUACCCAUACCAUAAGCCGACUGAAGAAACUAUAUGUUAAUAAAGGUUUCAAUCACCCCACCACAAUUAUUAAGCAUAUCACUGACAAUACCAGCAGACGUAUGUACAAGCUAUCAUUAAAUGAAAAUGUCUUAUAAAAUUACCCUGUACUAUAAUAAAGCGUUAUGGAGAAGCAGUGUCAACGACCAGAUAGACAAUUUAGAACUAACUCUUGCAUGAUUAAUUAGGAGAUAUAAAACAAAUAAAUAAAAUGGUUAAUAUACCAUACUAUAUUAAGCGGCCUUCUAAAACUGAUAAGUAAGAUGUCUUGCUAUAGGCACCAUAAAAUGUUUAAUAAACUUUACAAAAGAAUGCUAUAGCUGUUUAAGUAAUACCGAGUCAUUUUAACCACAAUGAAGUAGCCAGAAAUGCUUCGAACUCAUAAUUGUAAUUGUUGAAAUGCAACUAAAUCUCUUUCUAGUGAUAACUAUCAGUUGAAGGAACUGAUGCACAGAGCUGAUGUAUUAACUACUAUGGCACAGAAAAAAGCAUAAAUCAGUAUCAAUGAAAGUUCACUCACGACCAGAUACACUCACAUUCCCAUACGUUCAGGUAGAAGAGCAAACAUUAUUCCACUCAGUUGUACAUUUAGCAGUUGAUUGAUCGGGGAAUAAGGGGAGCAUUGCUGAAAGCGUGAAAGCACAAAGCAGGCGCAACGACAACUGCAAUCUGUAUGUAACCGAGAUGCUUAAGAUUGCCAGCUAAUAUCUUAAAUAGGAGAGAAAAAAGUUUAUCUUCUUUGCAUGCAAUAAAAUUGAAAUUUUUAUCCUUGAAGCAUAUCUCUCUCUCAGACAUAUUCCAACAAAACCCCGCUAAAUUGCUGUAACCCAGGAAAUGCAACUGAUACACUUAAUAUCUAUAAUUAAGCACAUUCAGUAAAUUUCCUUCCAGCUUCUGUAUAAUUUCAUUCCUUCAAGUUCCUUCAAUCUUUUCACACUCUUACCCCAUGUUCCUUCGUUUGGGUACCAGUGGAUCGUUUACAUGCUUAUUUGACAAUGCAGAUACAGACAAAAGCCGAUGAACAGCAUUAUUUAGCAUGCCACUGAAUGAAGAUGUUAUUCACAAACAGAACAGUUUUCUUCCACUGCAAGAUUUGUUUAUGUAGUUGUAAUCUAUAUCUAUCCUGAAACUCAACUGCGACCCGACGGCUGUAUUGCUUGAGACUUACAAAUUUGUCAUUUAUUCAACAAACAGAAUAUCUGACCUCAGCAGUCUGGCCUGGUGCCUUUCCGCACAUGAACCGUAACAUGAAAUUCUAGAAUGACUCUAUAUACAUACAUGCACACACACAUUUAUCCAUACAUACACACACUCACACGGACAUACAUGCUCACAUACGCACAUUGUGUACGUGUGUAUUGUGUAUGUAAAGGUGCAUGGCUCAGUGACUAGAGCGUCGGGCUUCCAAUCGUGAGGUUGUGAGUUCGAUCCCCGGACCGGGCUGUGCGUCGUGUUCUUGAUCAAGAUGUUCCAGUUCACUCAGCUGUAGAGAUAAGCUGCGACAUCACUGGUACCAAGCUGUAUCAGUCUUUGCCUCUCCCUUGUAGAACAUCGGUAGUGUGGGGAUGGAUGGCAUGGGGGACUGUUGAUCUUCCACAAAAAUACCUUACUCGGACUUGUACCUCGGAGAGGAACUUUCAUGGUGCAAUCCUAUGGUCACUCGUGACCAAAGGUGGGGGGUCUUUACUUACAUGUAUACUCUUUACUCUCUUGUACUCUUUUACUUGUUUCAGUCAUUUGACUGCGGCCAUGCUGGAGCACCGCCUUUAGUCGAGAAAAUCGACCCCAGGACUUAUUCUUUGUAAGCCUAGUACUUAUUCUAUCGGUCUCUUUUUGCCGAACCACUAAGUUACGGGGACGUAAAC